AUGAUAAAAUGCCACUUUGCUGGCUUAUCAGCGAGGAGGGAAAUCAUAAACCCAUCCAGCUCCCUCAUUUACAGACUGUUGUGUUGGGGCGAGGGCCAGAAACAACCAUCAAAGACAAAAAAUGCUCUCGGCAGCAAGUUCAAAGAGGAUCCCACUGGCAGCCAAAGUGGAACAAAAAGGCAGCGAGAGUCCACUACAGAGGACCGAGAGAGCCAGAGGGACACUCAGAGUGUGAAAGCAGCCAAACAAACAGAAAGGAUCUCAGUGUCAGUCAGUCACGCUGAUUCCCCAAAAACAAAUGAAAAUGCUGGACACUGGAGCCAAGGCCUUAAGACAUCAAUGCAAGACCCCAACAUGCAGGUGUACAAGGAUGAUAAAGUGGUCGUCAUUAAAGAUAAAUACCCCAAAGCUCGCCACCACUGGCUUGUGCUCCCGUGGCAGUCAAUUCCCAGCCUGAAGGCUUUGCGCACUGAGCACUGUGAUCUGGUGAAACACAUGCAGAAAGUCGCUGACCAGAUGAUUCAGCAACACCCAGAUUGUAGUUCGGUGCAGUUCCGCACGGGAUACCACGCCAUCCCAAGCAUGAGCCAUGUUCACCUCCACGUGAUCAGCCAAGACUUUGACUCGCCUUGUUUAAAGAACAAAAAGCACUGGAACUCGUUUACAACAGAUUACUUCAUCGAGUCUAAGGAUGUCAUUCAGAUGCUUGAAACUGAUGGAAAGGUCACCGUGAAAGAAGGCACCAGUGAAUUGUUGAAGCUACCUCUCCGCUGCCACGUGUGUCGCAAAGAGCUUCUCACUAUACCGGCACUGAAGGAACACCUGAAGUCUCAUUUUUCUAGAUAACAAUGUGACUAUAACUCAUCCUCGUGCUUUGGGUUUUCAUUGAUCACAUAUCUCAUGUUAACCUUUUUUUCUUUUAAAAGUUCAGAUUCAUUCUUUUGUACAAUGUUAAGUUCUUGUAGGUUCUUGGCCUGAAUACAAAUUCCAAAGGUCUUCAAUGUUUGUUGCUUUUUCAGCUUUUUCGGGUUUUCCAGUUUAAGAGGAAAUUCAGUGUCAAGCUACAAAACGUUCAAGGUAAAUGCCAUCUGUUUGUAAGGUGUUGGGAUUUCAUUUUGUGUUAAUACCAUUUCAAACACGUUAAAAUAUUUUGCAAUAAAUAUUUUCUAAGAACUAAA